ACCCCAUGCCUGAGCCUGUUGUGCUUCCUGCACCCGCCCCCGCAGAGGUAGUGCCUGAGGUAGUUGUGCCUGAGCCUGUCGUACUCCCUGAGCCCACCCCCGCCGAGGUAGCGCCUGAGCCUGUCGUACUCCCUGAGCCUGCCCCCGCAGAGGUAGUUGUGCCUGAGCCUACCCCCGUUGUGGUAGUGCCUGAGCCUACCCCCGUGGAAGUCGCACCUACGCCCGCCGAGGUCGCUGAGAUCGCCGAGGUCCCAGCCCCUGAAGCCGAGGCCGCUGAAGGCAGCAGCCAGAUCAUCAACGUGAUGCUGAACUUCAUCUUCGGAGCAAGCGGCUCCCUGUCCUCGGUCGAGGUGCCUGCUAACAUCAUCCCCCAGGUGGUUGGCGCUCCCCGUGUCUAAAGUGUACUGAAAUAGGUUUUUAUAUGGCAUUUAUGAAUGAAAAUAAUUAAUGAAUAAAA